AUUUUUAUUUCUAUUUUCAUCUGGUAAUAUUUGUUCUGUUUUACAGGAUCCAGUGAUAUUGACAUAUCAGCCAAUGAUUUCUUUCAAAAAAUAAUGACUGAAACAAACACGCAUGUCUUAUGGCCAUCCAGAUUGAAAAUAGGAUCAAAGUCACACAAAGACCCCUAUAUAAGAGUUCUUGGACGGUUAGACGAUAUUAAGAUUGCGAAAAACAAGAUUAUGUCUGUUCUUGACACUAGGGGCAGUCGAGUGAUGAUGAAACUGGAGGUGAGUUACACGGAUCACUCGCACAUCAUUGGCAAAGGAGGUCUAGUGAUAAAGGAGGUGAUGGAGGAGACGGGAUGCCACAUCCAUUUUCCGGACUCGAACCGGAACAACCCCAACGAGAAGAGCAACCAGGUGUCGAUAGCCGGCGAAAUCAGCAAAGUGGAGAAAGCAAGAUCUAGGAUAAGGGAACUUUCAUCGUUAGCAUUUACAUUCCAACUUCCAGUGAUGGGAACAGUUCAUUCAGCAUCGGAGCUGGCGUCUUCAUACAUCACUGGCUUACAAGAGAGAUACAACGUUCAUGUCAAAUUUCAAACACAAUCGAAACUCUACUCGACUCUAGUUGUGGUCAAAGGCUGUGAACAAGAAGUGAAACAAGUGGAGGAGGCCACUCUUCAACUGGUCCAUCGUCUUUGUGGACCAAUGGCGGUUGGUGUUCAAAUCCAAAUGUUCAUGGAGAUAUCACCGCACCAUCAUCAAAUUGUUCGUGGAAAUGGUGAUAGUAAUCUACUAAAGAUAAUGGGAUUGACAAAAACUAAAAUUUUAUUCCCAGAUGUGGAUAACCCCUGUGUUCCGACUCUUAAAAAGAGCAAUGUUUCUAUUACUGGUGCAAUUCAUGACGUUUAUUUAGCUCGUCAAAUGCUCAUGGGAUCUUUACCGCUAUUAUUAAUGUUUGAAUUGGAGGACAAAUUUCCAAGCACCGACCAAAUAAACACUAUCAUGUACAACUUACAACUAUCCAUCAUUGUCAAACAGAAACCUCGUCUAAAUUCGAUCUCAAUCAUCAUCAAGGGCAUUGAGAGACAAGCAGACAAUAUUUAUGAAGCUUACCGACAAUUAAAGGGACUGAAAGAACAAAGAAUUGUUGCAAGUAUCCCUUCAACGUAUAACAUUCCAAACUUUCCAACUCCAAUGAAGCCUGUAAAAGUGAAUGAACCACCGAUGGGGUGCCAAAACAUACCAGGGCUGCCAGGGAAUCUGCCUGAACCAGAUCUUAAUCAACUAUUCUACCAAAUAUCACAAUUUUUCUCUCAACAUCAACAGCAGGGAAGUCUCAACGAAAAUGCUCUUGGACAAGUUUCUUCACUAUCGCUUCCUGAUAUUUUCAAGGAGACACAUUCAUCACAGAACAGUAGAUGCAGCAGUCCAAUGCUCAGUCCUAAUUCCAAGUCAGCUCACGGCAGUGGACAAAUACCGAACAUAAGCAGUGAUCUCAGCCUCAGUGCCAAUAGCAAUGAUUGGAGAGCUCCUGGCUUUGGUAGGAAAUCACAUAUAGAAUACCAAGAGAUGAAGCAGCAGGCUCUACUUGCUCUUCAGACGAAACCACAUCCCGAUGACCCCAGAGUGCCCACGUCAACGUGGGCCGGCUAUGGCUUGAGCAGAUCAGGCCCAGCCGUUGUCAUGAAUGAGCUGCAGAACUCUUCAGAUGUUGAUGGUGCAUGGGGAGGUGCAAGCCAGGGCAACCAGUACGGUAACAGCAAUAUAUUGGAAGCUGUUUCCAGUCAACACAUGGAGGUCAUCACCAGCUCUGAGUCAUAUACGAUUCCUUCUCUCUUGGCGUCUCUCAAUCUCGAAAUGUAUAUUCCUCUUUUCCAUAUGCAUCACAUUGAUCUGCCGACGUUUCGCACAUUAACUGAACAGGACUUGAAAGAAAUCGGCGUUUCUCUGGUAGGAGCUCGACGUAGGAUUCUGGCUUCAAUAGCAGAACUGAAUCGUUCUCAGUCAAAUUUGGCACCUGGUCUUUGGGAUUACAUGGAGAGAUCAAACUCUUCCAACGCUUCUUCGAAUGGUCUAGAAUAAAUGUAUUGUUAGUCAUAAUUACUGUGAUUCUAUAACUUAUAAGAUGUAUGUCAUUUUAGAUAUGUUGAUUAUCUCUAAACUGCUUAGGUAAUCUCUAAGUGUUACUGGAAUUCCAAUUCCACAAGUUCGAUUGAACUUAUAUUUUGUAUUCAUUUAACUUUGCACUCAUUUUAUACUCAUCAUUAUAAUAUUACUAACUCAAUACAGACGCUGUAUUCAAAGAUUAGCGAUUGGGAUCCAAUCAUCGGGUAAGUGGCCUAUGUUAGGUGAAUAAUCAACUCUUAAAGCGGCUGUAAGCUGCAAUGUAGAACAUUCAAAAUUGAUUGAAUAAUUAACAUUUUAAUAAUAAUUAUUGCAUGUAAAUACUAUGUAUUUUUGUAUGGAAAUUUGUAUGAGAAUUUUUAUAAAAUUGUUAUAACUUUAUUGUCAUGAGCUAUGUUCUUAUUUAAUAUGGUGAUAACACUGUUUCAAAACAUCUUUCAUAUUGCAAAGAUCGUGAAUGUUUAUGUAUUAUGUUUGUCUUAUACUAAUAACCUUAUAAAUAUGAAUAGUAAAAUAUUAUAAAUUAUUCUAGAUUGGCUAUAAAACGAAAAUUUAAUAUGCAGUGUCACUUAUACAGACUGGCAUAGUAAAUAAAAAUAUCAAGCAUCACAAAUAUAAUACAGUAUAUUA